AUGGCUUAUCCAGAAACUUUUUCAGGUAUUGCAAUCAUUGAUAACAAGGAAUACAAACAUCCAAAGAAGGUUGAUUUUGAACCAAAAGUUCUCGGUGAUUACGACAUUGAUUUAAAGGUCGAAUGUUGUGGUGUUUGUGGUAGUGAUCACCACAUGGCUUGUGGAUUUUGGGGUGAAUCUGUUAAACCAACUGUCUUAGGACACGAAGUUAUCGGUACUGUUGUUAAGUUAGGUCCAAAAUGUAAUACUGGUCUAAAAAUUGGUGACCGUGUUGGUGUUGGUGCUCAAGCUUUCGCUUGUUUAGACUGUGAACGUUGUAAAUCAGAUAAUGAACAAUAUUGUAGAAAGGUUGUAUGGACUAUCGGCGCUCCUUACGCUGAUGGUUACAGUAGUAAAGGUGGUUUCGGUAACUACGUUAGAUUACAUGAACAUUUUGCUGUUCCUAUCCCUGAAGGUUUAGAUUCUGCUACUAUUGCUCCUUUAUUAUGUGGUGGUAUUACUGUUUACUCACCUUUAUUGCGUAACGGUUGUGGUCCAGGUAAGAAAGUGGGUAUUAUGGGUAUUGGUGGUAUUGGUCACAUGGGUGUUAUGCUUGCCAAAGCUAUGGGAGCCGAGGUCUAUGCUAUCUCUAGAUCCAACGCUAAGAAAGAAGACGCUUUCAAGCUAGGUGCUGAUCACUACAUUGCCACUAAGGAAGAACCUGACUGGGCCACCAAAUAUGACGACACUUUUGAUCUUGUUGUUAUCUGUGCUGGUUCUUUGACUGAUAUUGAUUUUAAUGUCUUACCGAAGGCAAUGAACAUCGGUGGUAAGAUCGUUUCUAUUGCCAUUCCAGAGGCCUCUGAAAAACUAACAAUGAGUCCAUUUGGUCUAUUAGGUGUUUCCAUUUCAAACUCUGGUAUCGGUUCAGUGAAAGAAAUUAAGCAAUUAUUGCAAUUAGCUAAAGAAAAGGAUAUCAAACCUUGGGUUGAAAAGAUUCCAAUGGGAGAAGAUUCUCUUGGUGAAGUAUUCGCCAGGAUGGAUAAAGGUGAUAUUAAAUAUAGAUUCACCAUGGUCGAUUAUGACAAGGUUUUCUAA